AGUGUUUGCUUACUCAAAGAAAAUUAAUAUGUGAUCACAAUAUAUAAUCCCUGCCAAGUUACUACUCGUCUCAAAACAAGAAAGGAAGGUCUGGUUUGCGUUUUAAAGCUUCUACAAAGUAAAUCAAUAUUUUUGUCCCGGAGAAAUAAUGGGUAAUAUACUUCCGUUGGAUAGUAGUAAGAAAGAACAAUGCGAAGAAAUUGCCAAGGAAUUUGUGGCGACAUUCAGCGGAUAUUAUGUGCUUUAUUACGGUGUGGAGUUAGUAAAAAUGAAAAUGAAAGAGAUUGAGAAUGAUGCGAACUCUGAAGAUGAAAGUGAGAAAAAACUGAUGUAUAGAGAGGAUGCUUCCUGCAAGAAUCCUCUCAAAAUGGGUCACCUGAAAAAAAAGGGUGCAAUUGUAAAGAAUUGGAAAAAUAGAUAUUUUGUUGUAAAUCCUGAUUUUUCUGUAUCAUAUUAUGAAACAGAAGAUGCGUACAACCAAGGCUGCAAACCUAAAGGUAAUAUAAUACUUGCUGGCUAUGAUGUCGAAGAAAAUGCUGAUGAUGCAAAUCUGCAGAAAUUGAAACAGCUCGCUAAAACACUUGGCAUUAAGGAAGAAUCAUUACCUUCACCUGAAAAAACUCCACCCAACACCUUAAUCCUGUCGCAUGACAGAAGGCGCAAGUAUUACAUCACGGCCAAAAGUGAUGAAGAAAAAAUGGAUUGGGUUGAAAUGUUCAAGACUUGUGCAAGGAAGACGAAAGGAUUCAAGAACAAAGAUCCCGUAGGAAAUGCAGCUUUUACAACUGCCUAUCGCCAAGCAUGCAAGGAGUCUAAUUGGUAUGCAAAAAAGGUUGCUGGAGGGACGGAAGAACAGAUAUUGAGUGAAACAUUGGUUGAACUGGUCAAUGAUCGUGUAUUGGCAAGUGUGUACUAUGAUCUUGUUGAUAACUUCACCAUUAGAAAGAAAGUCAGAAAACAGGUUGUGAAGAUUCUCGAAUCAACGGUUCUGGGCAUUGUAAAACCAGCAUAUCAAGGUCUUGUCGAAACAACGGAGAAGAUGAAAAAUCCUAUUGAAAAAACAUUCAACGAAAAAAAGGAAGACAUAAUAAAAGUAUAUGUGCAGAUAAAAGAAAAAUUGACGGAUAAGAUUGAAGCAAUUUUGAGCAAGAUAGGAACAGAAAUCUCUAAAGAUGCCCAUAGACUGUAUGAAGAUUUGAAGGAAUUGACAGUACGGACAACAAAAGAGAUGAGAAACGAAUGCGUAGUUCGUCUGAUGGAUAAAUUGAUUGAACAAACAAAUAGCAGCAAGAAUGUUGUGGAAACCAUGAAAAUGCAUUAUAGAAAGUUUGAUGGUGUAUUGCACAGAACAAAUGCCUGGGAUCAUUGGUACAAAGUAUACAAUAUGGAAAAAGAAAUUAUAGGCAUUAUUGCUAGAUAUGAGAAGACGUUUGAUGAAAGUGGAAAUUAUAGUUACGUUUAUAAAUCUCAUGACAUGUUGGCAUGGGUGGCAGAUGCAGCCUUUAACACUUUUGAAUUAACUUUGGAGACUUACAGCAAAGAAAAUGACAUCUAUGAAGAUAACACCAAAGCAUCAAAUAUGAUGAAGAAAGUCAAAGAUGAAGUUCUUCUGAAAUACGAUUAUGACUCACAAGUAACCCCACAUGAAAUAAGCUUCAAGAUUACAACGGAUAUUGUUAAAGAAUACUUUAUCACGAAAGCUGAGCCAAUUGUAAAAGAGAUCUUAAAACCCCUAGAGAGCUCUAUACCAAAACCUCUCGAAGAACUCAUUAGCAUUAGAGAAAGAUAUCAUCUUUAUGUUGAAGAAAUUGUGAAAAACUUAAUAAGACGAGAAGAGAAAAGGAAAGUUUCCGAUGAAAAGAACGAAAUUUCAAAAAAGAGUAAUUCAGAAAAAAAGAAAGCAACUUUAGAAGAGAAGAAUGGCACUUUGCAAGAGGAAAGUGAAGUUUCAGAAAAAAAGAGCGAGGCUUCCGGUGAGAAGAAUAAUGCUCCAAAAGAGAAAAGUGAAGUUUCAAAAGAAAAAAGUGAAGUUUUAGAAGAGAAAAGUGAAGUUUUAGAAGAGAAAAGUGAAGUGUUAGAAGAGAAAAGUGAAGUUUUAGAAGAAAAGAUUGAAGUUUUAGAAGAGAAAAAUGAAGUUUUAGAAGUAAAAAGUGAAGUUUCGGAAGAGAAAAGUGAAGUUUCAAAAGAGAAAAAUGAAGUUUCAAAAGAGAAAAAUGAAGUUUCGGAAGAGAAAAAUGAAGUUUUAGAAGUAAAAAGUGAAGUUUCGGAAGAGAAAAGUGAAGUUUCAAAAGAGAAAAAUGAAGUUUCAAAAGAGAAAAAUGAAGUUUCGGAAGAGAGAAAUGAAGUUUCAGCAAAAAAAGAGUGAAGUUUUAGAAGAGAAGAGUAAAAUUUCUUAAUAAAUAAGGAAAGCUUCUGAAGUAUGUUUGAGAACGCACAUAACAGAUUUACAUGGACCAGUUCGCAUUAAAAUCAUCAAACGCUAGCUAAAGAAGAAAUGUACUUUUCUCAAGCCUGGAAUCGAUAUAACAAUACAAAAUAAAUGGUUGUAUAUAAAGAGGCAUAAAAAUAAGAAAUUUUUACAAGGAUA